AUGGCAACAGGCGUACUGUGCGACAAGAAAGUCCCUGUUCGACUGAAGUCGAAGAUCUACAGGACGGUUGUGCGAUUGGUUGCCCUUUACGGAUGCGAGUGCUGGUCGACGACGAAAGCCUUGGAAAGAGUGUUGAACGCUAUGGAGAUGCGGAUGUUGGAAUGGACGAUAGGUGUAACGCUGAAAGAGAAAGUAUCCAACGACACUGUACGUUCCAUCUUCGGCGUCGUCCCGAUAACUAAGAAGAUGAAGGAGGCGCGGCUGAGAUGA